AUGAAUCGCAUAAUUAAAGGAUUGCCAACUAGUGUUACGAAUACCGCAACCACAAGGAAACCAAGAUCGGGUAGGGCUGCUGCUCCAGAUCCUGGAAUAGCUCCAGAACCACCGGAUAAAGGUAAGUACAAUGAAUCACUCAGUCAAAGAUUAUUUAUAUCAUUUGCUACGGCAGACCCUUUGAACAAAAAACUCAAUUCGCGGGAUUCAAUGAGUCAAGUUAGUCCCUGUGAUGGACGAUGA